UUUACAUGUCUGAUAUCGGCGCUAAGCCGAGAGAGCUUCGUUUUCAUCAUCACAGUAGCGCAAAUGAUGAAAUAUGGCUUAACACUACAAAUAUAUGCUCAUGUUUUAACCAGAGCCAUGGUUAAAACAUUUCCACACGAACGGAAUACUUUUUCACCAUGAGAAUUCACUGCAAGAUUGUGGCGAUCGCGAUAUGUUUCGGGGUUUUCCUACUUUUGUACUUUUUCGGGGGAAACGCUGCGGACGAGCCGCCGUUGAAAGAAGUUGCGAAAGAAAAACAUUUCUCAUUCUCUCGUGACAUCGAGGACAUCGCACCGGUGAAAGAGGCUAAACAAACCCAUGAAGAGCCGCAAAUACCACCGAAACCAAUCCGCAAAACUGACCGCAGAGAGCCAAAGUUGAGCAGCAGAGGAGGGAAUGUCAGCGCGAAGACUGGGCAGAAGAGUGAGAUGGGGCGGCCCGGGUCAAAGGUCACCCGAGCAGAAGAUGUCAUGCACCUGGCGGUGGUGGCUUGUGGGAACCGUCUAGAUGAAACGCUGACCAUGGUGAAGUCUGCACUGCUCUUCAGCAUAAAGAAGAUCAAGUUUCACAUCUUUGCAGAGGAGGACUUGGCCGAACAGUUUGAAAAAGGGUUCAGUCAGUGGCCUCAGACGGUGUCCUCCAAGUUUCACUACACCAUAUAUCCAAUCACCUUCUCUGUGGGGAAUGCCGAUGAAUGGAAGAAGCUCUUCAAGCCAUGUGCUGCCCAGAGGCUGUUUCUUCCUGUUAUCCUGAAGGAUGUGGACUCGCUGUUGUACGUAGACACAGAUGUUCUCUUUCUCCGGCCUAUAGAUGACAUCUGGAAGUUUCUGAAGGCUUUUAACAGCACUCAGCUAGCUGCCAUGGCCCCUGAACACGAGAUCCCCAAGAUCGGCUGGUAUAGUCGCUUUGCACGACACCCCUUUUAUGGAGUGACAGGGGUCAAUUCCGGUGUCAUGCUAAUGAACCUCACACGGAUUCGUAGCACUCUGUUCAGGAACAGCAUGAUUGCCAGCGGCCUGUCUUGGGAAAAUCUGCUUCACCCGCUCUAUCAGAAAUACAAGAACCACAUCACAUGGGGAGACCAAGACCUCCUCAACAUCAUCUUCCAUUACAAUCCAGAGUGUCUUUACAUAUUUCCAUGUCAGUGGAACUACAGGCCAGAUCACUGCAUGUAUGGAAGCAACUGCAAGGCAGCGGAGGAGGAAGGGGUCUCCAUUCUUCAUGGUAACCGUGGAGUGUACCAUAAUGACAAACAGCCCGCCUUCAGAGUGGUGUACGAUGCCAUAUAUGAAUAUCCAUUCGAAGAGAACAUGUUCCAGUCUUUGUUUUACCCUCUUCAGACCAAGUUCCUCGACACAGUUAACACCCUGUGCGGAAGAAUUCCACAGGUGUUCCUCAAACAAAUAGAAAAGACCAUGAGAGCUGCUUAUGAGAGAAAAGUGGUCCGCCAUGUCCGACUUCCACAUGAGUAAUGAGUCUUGACUGUUCUGAGAGUACUUUUUUCAACAUCAUAAGGAAAAAUCUCUACCUGCUGCUUGGGUCAGAGUGGUUCUUAAAUGGAUGGCAUUCAGUGCCAAAGGCAAGCUACAUGUGGAACAUCUGCCUUUGCCUGCAGUUCACAAGCCAGAGGAGUUUGGAAUAUUGGAAACAAAUUCCGUUUCGAGCAGCAGUUUGACUCCUGAGGUUUGGGUUGGCUUGGAAUUGCUCAGUGAUUGGAUGCAGAAAUGUUGAAGGAAUAUCUGUGGAAUAAAUUAUAUAUAAAAUCCA